AGUAAAGUCACUCUGAGCGCCAGGGUGUAAGAGGAAGACUCACAGAGACAGGGAGUGUAGUUGCGCGCGUGUGAGUGUGAGGGAGAGGAACUUGACUUGAAGUCCCUGUCGCUAAGUUGCAACAGGCUGUAGAGGAACAGAAGGACAGAGCAAGACCAGUGGACAGAAGAAUACCUGGCAGAUACUGACAGAUCAACUGGCACUAGACUAAGGGGGGAAACAUCCAUCCCUAUCAGAGAGGCACAACCGUCCGCAUCUGUGGAGGAAUUGUGGGACAGAAAAAUCUUGGCAGACCCAGACUGACAAACUGGCAUAGACGGCAAAGGAGACAAACCCAGCGUUAGAAGAGUGUCUUGGAUCACUUUUAACUGUCAGAUAAGGAUCUCUGACUGCACUAAUGAUACUGGUUCUACUUCCUUUAAUUUCUGGAACUGUGUGGGCUAUCUGUGUCGGGGCAAGUGCAGGAGCAACUCUACACUCUUUAAUACUCCACUGAAGAAAUGGCAGAUGAGCCCUGUUCACUCUUGGACGGAGAGAAAACAUUUUGAGGAGAAACCACAACCAGACGUUUCUUAGGUGCAUUUAUAUGUCUUUGUGAACAUUAAAGCGGAAUUUGGAGUCACAGUCAGCUCUCUAGGCUAUAGGACGCAAGAGCCAACAGACACACAAUGCCCUCUCGCCCGAAAGAGCCCACCCCCCACAUUGCCUGGACGGCUGAAGUCAAAGCGACCGAGGCAGAGAAGAGCGCAAAGAUUGAUGGGAAACAUGAGGCCUCCGAAAGUGUCCAUGAGGCCACAGAGGUGCAGCCUAAGCAGACAUCUUUCACCCAGGCUGUUAACAACCUGUCCCACAUGGACAAGGUGAUGAACGACUUGGCGUUCGGCCGCAGGGUGGGAUUCUAUGAGUUACGAGGGGAGAUUGGCAGCGGGAACUUCUCCAAGGUCAAGAUGGGGGUGCACGACCUGACAAAAGAGAGGGUAGCUAUCAAAGUACUGGACAAAACACGCCUGGACAAGCGGUCGCAGCGGAUGUUCUCCUCCGAGGUGUCGUGCAUGGAGAAACUGUCUCAUCCCAACAUAGUGCGUCUGUAUGAGGUGGUGGAGACCCUGCACCGGCUCUACCUGGUGAUGGAGUAUGCAGGUGGAGGAGAGCUCUUCUCCCGCAUCGUCACUAGGGGGCGUCUCCCUGAUUUGGAGAGCAAGAUGGUCUUCUCACAGAUCCUGGCUGCAGUUAAGCACAUGCAUGACAGCAACAUUGUGCACAGGGACCUGAAGGCGGAGAACAUCUUCUACUCCACCAGCCACUGCAUCAAAGUGGGGGACUUUGGCUUCAGCACUGCGAGCCAGCCCAACGCUAUCCUGAAAACCUUCUGCGGCUCGCCGCCCUACUCAGCCCCGGAGCUCUUCAGGGACAAGUCCUACAAUGGCCGCUACGUAGACAUGUGGGCCCUGGGCGUUCUGCUGUACUUCAUGGUAACCGCCACCCUGCCGUUCUGUGCUACUAACCUGGGCCGCCUGAAGCACUGCAUCUUGCAGGGCUCCUACAUGAUCCCCUCGUACGUCCCCGAAGGCUGCCAGCACAUCAUCCGCGGCUUGCUGAGGAGCGUCGCGGCCGAGCGCUUCUCUAUGGCCCAGAUGAUGUCCAGCGCGUGGCUGAAGGGUGUGGAGUAUACACAGCCGUACUCUCCGGUCUGCCUCACGCCCGCUCACCUGGCUGACCCCGCGAGGGCACUGAGCGCGGAGGAGAGCGAGGUGAAGGUAGCGAUGGAGGAGAUGGGCAUCGGGCGGGCGCAGCUGCUAAAUAACUGCCUGGGGACGGACGCGCGCAACCCCAUCACGGGCACCUACCGCAUCCUUCUGCACCGUGCCCAGAGAAGGACCACGGUGGAGGCGGCCGGGUACGAUGUGUUCCGGCCCACGGAUUUUCGGCCAGUCCGACGCUGGUCUGUUCCCAUCACGGUUCUGAGGAAGGAGGCACCUUCAAAUGUGUGCUCCAUCCUUUAGGGCAGCUGAAAGCACACCUAGGGCCUCUCUGAAACUAGUCCCUACCCACUCCCCCUCCAUUACUGAGUGUACUCAGGUGGGAAUCACCCUCACAGCUAAAUGAGGUUCCCUUGAUUAGCACGUAGGGUAUAAUACUGCACUCAGCUAAGGGACGAACCUCACUCUACCUCAGUCACUAGGGGAAAGCAAGACGGCCACCAUUCAACCCGAAAAAAGUCAUAUAACCAUUCUAAUGACUCCAAAGCUGUUAAGUUAAGGUAAAUUAAGCUAAAAAACCUGCAUAGUUCCCCUUUAAUUUAUGUGAUCUAGGAUUUUAAUUGAUCACUCCCAAAUGGAAUCACUGACCAAAAGGGUCCAGGAGGGGGCACUGGUGUUUCUGUCCAGUUCUUGAGUACACCAUGUAAAUUCAACUUUGUAACACUUAACACUAAACAUUGUAUUCUGAUUGGAGAUAUUGUAUCAGUAUGUAUGGAUUUGUGUAUUUAUACAUUGCAAUGAUAACACAUUAAAUUAUUAAAUAAUAUUACAGUUUUUUGUUAGAUUUUUUGCUAGAAUAAACCUCACAACAAAACAGCUAUAACAGUAACACAAAACAAUAACAAUAAUAACAUAUCUAUUAUAUUACAUGAAUAAAACUGAUUUAAGAAGCCAAUCCACACACACACACACACACACUCACCCAGAAAAUCAGUAAUCUUUCCAUAAAGCUAUUACAUUGUCAUGAACCCUACCUUUAUUUUAGCAGUUUUACACAUUUAGUUUCAACCAGUGACUUCUCUGACAUACCACUGACGUACAAAUGUA